AUGUCUCAUAGCGUUCCUGCAGAAGUAGAUGAGGAUAUAGCGCAGAACGUCGUUGUACAGCCCGAAAACGAUGAUCCAUUGCAGAUCAAGCUCUUAGCGUUGAAUUUUGACUAUCUCCUCUACAAAAUAUCCGACCAUGUCAACGCACUUUCCCAGGACACCUACACCGCGAUCCAUGGCCAACAGGGGGAAUUCGACGAGUUGGAUCUGCCUGUAUUGGAUGCUUCGAUGGAACACAUUCUGAAGGUCUUGUUGCCUAAAUUGUGUGAGUUGGAAGCGAAUUUAAUGGCGAUCGGCCAGGUUUCCGACAUUGCCAAGCUGUUUCGAGAGCGGAUUCUUACUCUUGAGCAGUCCAUGAAGAAGCAGAAAAGGAGAUAG